AUGCUUGCCCGCCUGCUGCAUGAGCUCCCCUCCCUGCCCGAGCAGGCCGGCGAGAAUGUUCGGCUGGCGGCGGCCCAGCUGGCUGCGUUUGUGCCCUGUUCCAUCCUGGAAGCGGAGCAGCCCGCGGGCGGCGCUGCGGCGGCAGAGGAGGCCGCCGGCGGCAGAGGAGGCGGCGGGAGCGGCACUGGGAACGGCAACGGCACCGCCAGCAGCGACGCGGAGCUGGUGGUUGUGGAUGCGGCCAGCGGUGGCGGCAGCUGCGCGUCGCUGGAGGCGUUGCCAGCGGGCGGCGCCGCCGAGGAUGCCGUGCUGCUUGUGUCCUGCAGCGCCGCCUCCCUGCGCCGCGCCGCUGUGGCUUACCUGGAUGGCGUGUUUGACCGCAGCGUUGACCGCAUGUUCCAGGCGCUUCGCUCGGGGGAGGCCGGCGUGAGGGGCACCCCCGGCGGCUGCAGCGGCGCCGCCACCCCUCCCCCGGCAGCGGCAGCCCCUGCUGGCGCCCCGGCCGGCGGCGGCGCGCUGGACGGCGCCGGGCUGGCGGCUGCGGUGGGCGCCGCCGCCGUGGCGGCGGCGGCGGCGGCCGGGACCGGCGGCGGCGGGGCAGGUCCCGGCGCCGUGGCGGCGGUCGAGGAGGAGAUGCCUGAGGCGGCGCUGGGUGGCGGCAGCGGCGAGGAGGAAGAGGAGGAGGAGGGGGCGCACGAAGGGGCUGCAUCGCUGAUGAGCGAGGACGAGGCUGUGCUGCUGGAGGGGCCCGGCGAGGCCGAGGCGGCGGCGGCGGCGGCGGCGGCGGCCGGCGGCGGCGAGCUUGCGGUGAAGGGCAGCCCUGAGUACCAAGCAGCCGUGGCACACAUCAGCUUCACAGUGCAGAUGAUGGAGGUCAUCCCCUCCGAGCUCCAGUUUGUGGCGAUGGAGGCGCGCAAGGCGCUGGUCUGCUUCAAGUACCUGCCCCUGCCGGGCCACCUGGUGGGGCCGGUGCUGACUACGCUGGAGCAGGCCUCCACCGCCGAGCUGUGGCCCGAGCGCGGCUCGGCCCUGCUCUUCGCCCAGUACUUCUGGUUCAGGCACACUUUCAUCCUGGGACCAGAGGGCACCGCCCGGGUGCAGGCCAUGGUGUGCGCCAUGCUGGCGGACGCCAAGCUGGAGGUGCGGGAGAUGGCGGCAACCACGCUGUCGGAGGCUGAGGCUGAUGCAGAGGCGGAGGGGGAGGGGGAGGAGAAGCCGCUGCUUCUUCCGGGGAUCAACACGCUGGCUGCCAACACAGCGCUUGGCAGCGAGCAAGUGUUCCACGGGGGCGUGCGCCUGGCUUUCGACGCCGCCGGCGCCGCUGUUGUCACCGGCGUGCACACCGAGGCGGCGCAGCGCGUGCUGCGCAUGUGGCCGGUCCUGCAGGCCGAUGAGGUGAAGGCGGGGCGCUGGAGCAGCGCGCCCUUGGAGGAGCACGAGCGAUACUUCCUGGCCCGCAUGCUGCAGCAGCUGGGACCGAUGCUGCUGGGGCAGGGCCUGAGGGAGGUCUAUCCUGCCGACCUGGUGAUCCCUCGCCGCUUCCGGCCCACCGACGACGGCGGCACGCCGCUGGACGGCCCCAUGACCGCCUCGGCCUUCCGGCGGGCGGUGGGUGUGGAUGGCGAGGUGCCGCGGGCGGCGCGGCGCGGCACGGCCUGA